ACAAACAGGCAGCGUAGUCGAUCCCCGAUAGUCACCAGUGUUAGCUAGCCGCAGAGCCAGCUGGAGCUACACAACAACAACAACAACAACAACCAAACAAACUUGCUUGGAGGCUCACAAGUGGCAAAAUAGUUUUCUCGGACAACUCGCUAAGCAGUGGGUCUUAUGGCUGAGAGCGUGGAUAUCUUUCUCAGGGCAAAACAUCGGACAUUCAACGGACUGACUGAAGAUGCAGAGCGUGAGUGGACGGGACCAUUUUGCUUCAUCCAGGCCGCGGACCCACAGCUCGGGCUGAUGAAGGCCUGGAGGGACGGAGACUGCGACGGCGGAGGAGACGAAUGGGCCGAAGAGGUUGAGCUCACCAAGCAGGCCGUGGAGGCCGUCAACCAGCUCAGACCCAGGCCGAGGUUCAUGGUGCUGUGCGGGGACCUGGUCCACGCCAUGCCAGACACGCCGUUCAGAGAAGGUCAGGAGAGAGACCUGAAGGCGGCCUUGAAGGGAGCAGAUCCCUCAAUCCCACUGGUGUUUGUCAGUGGGAACCACGACCUGGGCAACACACCCACCCCCGGCACAGUGGAGCAGUACUGCAGUGAAUGGGGGGACGACUAUUUCAGCUUCUGGGUGGGUGGAGUCCUCUGCCUGGUUCUGAACUCCCAGUUGUUCUACGACGCCUCGGCCUGCCCUCAGCUGAAGGAGGCCCAGGAGACGUGGCUGGAGGAGCAGCUGAGCAGAGCCGCCGCCGCCUCCUCUUCAACGGAACCCAAACCCAAACACGUCCUGGUGUUCCAGCACAUUCCCCUGUACCUGAAGACGCCUGAUGAGGAGGACGACUACUUCAACCUGCAGAGGGCGGUCAGACAAAACCUGCUGGACAGGUUCAAGAAGGCCGGGGUGAAGGCGGUCUUCUCUGGCCACUACCACCGAAAUGCCGGCGGUUGCCACGACGGCCUGGACAUGGUGGUGAGCUCGGCCAUCGGCUGCCAGCUGGGCGGCGACACCCACGGCGUCAGGGUGGUGGUGGUGACUGCCGACAGUAUCGUCCAUCGCUACCACAGCCUGGAGCAGCUGAGAGCGGGAGGCGUGGACCAGGACCUCAGGAAGCUCCUGCAGGCCUGAGGGCUGGUGACGGGAGCAAAGACUGUUCGGAGGAGUUUGGCUGGGUUUCUGGUUUCUGGUUUCUGGUUUCUGGUUUUUGGUUUUUUGGUUUUUUGGAUUUCACAGUUUGGAGCCCCUGUUCUUAGAGGCUUCUGGAGUUUGGUGUGUUGAUGAGAUAUUAAUAAUGUUGAAUUUGACCAAUAACCCCAGAAAAUCUGUGUAUUCAAUAAAGUAAAAACAUUAACUUAAAGAUUCAUAUAGGGACAUGUGCUGUAUAUUUGCCCUGAAAUAAGAAAUCAGAGAAAGGCAGUGAUUUUAAACCCAUAAAAACAAGACAACACGCCAUCUAAACAUUAUAUAUUAUAGAGUGUUAUGAUGAAAUUAAACUGGGUUUUAUGUUCUCUGUGCUGAAUGUUUUCCCAAGGAUUAUCUCUCAGCAGAAUGGAUGUUAUUAUCUCUGCUCCCGCUGCCCCGACGGGGCCACACAAAGAUCAGUGAAUGUGUUCUGAAGCUGGUGGUUCCUCUGUGGAGUAGCGCUACCUCUCCGCGCAGUCCUCCUAUAUCUGAAGUAGCAUUACCUCCUCUGACUCCCGCUCCGUCUGUCUGUGCAGCGUGAAAUGUUCACGGUUCAAGACGGUGUAGUCAGAUGUUGCCAGAGUAACUUAAACUGUAUCCAAACUGUUAGAUCACUCGAGGAAGAGUCGUCCCUGAGAUGUUGACAUUUCGAUCAGAGCAGCUUCCAGAGGUGUGGACAAUGAAAAGAUGGAUUUCAGCUCUUCAUCUUGGUGUUGAAGGUUGGAGUUUUACUUUUAAUGAUGCUAAAACAUCCAGCUGCGAUAGCUCUCUCCACACUGUACGUCUGCUGUAGCCGCAGCGUGACGCCUGGUCGGCCAUCCUAUGCAAACUAAUCACAUCACUAUAUUGUGUAUGUGUUUUGUUUUUGUUGUUGUUGUUUGUUUAACUCGGUGUGUUGUUUGACUCACCUGGAAGAUGCAGCGCUGACUCCUGACCUCUGAUCAGCUCACACACUGCCCGUCCAGGAAAAAGAUAGAAACUGAGACUAAAACUGAGAUUUUUAUUUUACAGUUCAGCCUGUUGUUGUUGUUGUUGUUGUUGUAGAGAAUCCAUGUUGAUAUGAGAGAUUAUUUUUAAUCCAUUUAGAUUAUAACAAAAAUGGAAAUCUUGUUUUUUAAAGAAGUCCUGGUUGAUUAAAAAAAUAAAGUCACAAUAUUUAUAGUAAAAAGGAAAAUAAAUGCUCCCAAUGAUUGUUGUCUUAUUUUGUAGACGCAUUUGUGAUGUCACUGUCACGACAUACACACUGCCUUCCCUGGGAGUGCUUCACAAUAAAAGCCACCCGUGUUUUGCGUUUUAAAGGAGCUGUUUGUAAGUUGUGCUGCUGCUACGUAGCGAACGUUAGCAUCAAGAAGAUCACCAAGAGUCGUCUCCAGUGGUGGAAAAACACAAAUUUUAUCUCUCGUCUUUAUCACGUCUCUUGUUCUACUGAAGUUCGCACGCCAACCAGCAGCUCACUGUAGCCUCCGGUUUCCCCCUGAAGACGUAGCGCUGCUCUGAGGUCGUAUUAUAACCUCUUGUCUUGCAAACGCAACAAUGGCUGAAGCUCUUGUCGAGCGAUAAUCCCCGCCACCCGCUCCUGGCAAGAAACCACAUUCAGCAGCAGAGGAAACUUUCAGAAAGCCCCUUUAACAUGAAGCAGGUGGCAGCACCUAAAGAAAGCUCUGACCCCGCAACCCAGCGUGUGAACGAUGAGGCUGAUUUCCGUUGCAUAAAUUUGCAAACAAAUUUGUUUCACAUGCGACUGAUGGCCGUUUAAAG